GCUGGGCUGUCGCACAGUGGCGAAUCUCCAGGUAAAUCGGCCUGGAGCAGACGAGAGGCUUUGGGACACCCGUCCAGUCACAAAGAAAUAUGAUUACCAACAGAGAUGAUUACAGCUGGGUAAAAGUGCCCGUUUGAGCUGGAUUGUAGAUAUCGCGGGGAUCUUUACUGGCACAGAGCAGACGCGAGCAUACAGGAGCAGACGGCAGUAGUCGUCUGUCUCUACAACCCGACUGGAACAAGCAGACGAUACCAAAAGGAUAUUGUAUUUGUGUAUACUGGAAAAACGCUGAGAUGGAAUCGACCACGGAAAUAUCCACUUCAAAAGAAGAGAUGCAGCUUGAAAUAGAAGCUCUGCAGAAAGAGGUGACAUCGAGCCGUGGCGCCAUGCAUCGGACUCAGGCCUGCUUUCACCAACACCAGGCCAAGGCGAACUUCCUCACCACAUCAUUGCAGGCGCAGCUUCGGCACAAGGACCAGGAACUUCGUCGACUUGCACUGAAACAGGAGCGGCAGGUUGAGAAGAUUGUGGCUCAUCUGUUAUUCCUUGAAGGACAGAUAAGAAAAGAUCAGAAAAAUGUGGUGAAUGUGUUGCUUGAGAAAGACAAAAAAAUAAAAUCUCAACAGACAGAAAUUGAUGAUUUAAGGUAUAAAAACAACAAAUUAAUUGCAGCGUUAAAAGAACUUCACAUGCCCCCUGGCACUAAUGGGAUCACUCCUGAAAAGCAUUACGAAAAGUCUGACGGAGGGGGAAAUAACUCUGUCAAAACCCCGAAAGAUAAGGACAAAAUGCACAAGCUGCGAUUCAGCGGAAUGCGUGACAGACUACGUCGACAUCGGAGCAGUUUUGAGCUGCAUCACCCGGAGCCGCUAGAAACUCUCGAGGAGACAACCGUCAGGUCCUGUAGCCAGGAGAACCUCGCUGACGAGAACAAGGACAUAAAGAAGGAUCGGAGAAUGAGUGUUCCGGGAAAAGAACGACCUCGCAGUAUGAUUGAAAUGCCUCAAAGAACCAACGAAUAUCCGUUGUUGGAGUUUCCACAAGAAAUUGACUUCACUCAUGACUACGAGGAUGAAGUUUAUGACAAAAUUGAUGAUGAUGACAUUUUCACUAACGGCUGUGAUGAGCCUGCCGAUAUUCCCAAGUCCUAUUCGCUGCCUCAGGAUCUAUCACGUAUCGCCAAUGGCAACCAUUCGGAGGUGAAGGAAAGGCCACAUUCCAUGUCAAGUGUCGAUAUGUAUGCAUUGGACAAAAUGUCAAAAUCCCCUGGUCACAAACAGCAGCAUCACAAACCACAUCAACAGCAACAUCAUCAACCUCAUCAUCAGAGCUCUCCGGGUGAAUCAAAUCCGUUCAAGAGCAUAAAGACGAUGUUAAAGAGAAAAGGGAGCAAACUCCGCAAGAAGCGCUCUGUCUCCCUUCCUCAGGGAACAAACCAGGAGUAUGCAGAGGCCUUAAAAAAACACUUUGAGAAGUACGACCUGUCUUGAUGAGAAACAGGACAUCAUCUUGUGAUUGGGGGCGGUCAGGUAGCCUAGUGGUUAAAGCAUUCGCUUGUCAACCCAAAAACCCGGGUUCGAUUCCCGACAUGGGUACAAUGUGUGAAGCCAUUUCUGAUGUCCCCCGCCGUGAUAUUGCU